AGAAAUUUUGACGUCGAUACCAUGUCGGUACGACAGGCAACGAAUUACAUUCUCCCAGCGCUUAGGAAUAAAAAAACUGAAAACGUUCGUCUGAUCGCUCAUUCCCAAGGUUGUGUCAUAGCAAGUUUGGUCAUCAAGAGAUUAUACACGGAGUUGAGUUAUACAAAAGAACAAGAAAAUUUGAGUAAACUUAGCGUGCACACUUUCGCCAAUAUUUCUAGAGAAUUUAGAAACCCUGAAGGUCUGAUCAAUUGCAUUGAACAUUAUGCAAACAGACUUGAUCCGGUCUCGAUAAGGGGUGUUAUUAGUAACAUUAAUGACAAACGUACUAUAGGGGAAAUUUUUAUCAACGAUUUGAGGAACGGAGGUAAGGGUCACCUGUUCAAUUCGUUCUAUAGCCUUAAACUUGAAGACUACUGGUCUGCACGAGGUGGUGAACCUGUUUUGUUGAACCUUCCUGGAAAG